AUUUUCAAAAAAAUGUCCCAUCAACAGAAUGCACUCGCCGCGCAGGUCGCAGCACAGCUGCGGGUGCUGCAGCAGCAGCAGCAGCAGCUGUAUCAGCAACAGCAGAUGAUUCAGCAGCAGGGCCAGGCUGCUGCUCUUGCUAGCACUCAGUAUCCGAAGGCUGGCCAUCAACAGCCAUCAGUGGGAAGUCACCAGCCGAAGGCGGGACUGCAGCAGCCUCAGACGUGCUCUCAACAGCCGAGGGCAGGCUUUCAACAGCCGAAGGCGAGCUUUCAGCAGCCGCAAGCGGGCUCUCAACAGCCGAAGGCGGGCGUUCAGCAGCAUAAUCGCUAUGGUGUAGCAAACACUACGCUGUCGCGCCCAGGACCAUACACGACCAACCAGCUUGCGUCUAAUGCGUCAGCCUCGGGUGUGAACAGGCAUGGACCUCCAGGAGCUUCUUGAUAUAGUGUUUUUCGAGGCUGGAUAUGUGUGGUUGCUUGUGCAUUAAAAAAAUAGCGUAUGCGUCAGAAAAUACAACUUGACUAGUACCCAAGUCGUUUUCUUCAUGGGUAGAAAUAUUAAACAGGUACUACGGGCGUUUCGCAAUUCGCGAGGCCAGUCGGCGCCUCGAGCAGUCAGCCUGCUGACCUGACAACUGCUCAGACAUCGCGAUCAACUGCUGUCCCGUCUGUGCAAGUGAGCGAACUGCAGAAAAAGAGCAACGAAAUCAGCAUGCUCUAUGAGAAGUAUUGGGCUGCAACGAACGCAACAACGGCUGAGCAAAAGAAGCUUCAAGUCGCGCAGAAGGAACUGCAAGACGCAAAGGCGGAGCUGGAUGAAGUGCGCAAGUUCAGCACGUACUGGGAAAACGAGACCAAGGAGAAAGAGCAAUCUUUGCAGGCGCUUGAGGCAGAUAUGCAGUUGGCGCGCAAGUGCGAAGAGGAUGCCCGUGUGCACAAGGCUGCAGCGGAUGCGGAGUUCACGUCGCUACGAGCAGCUUUGCAGCGGUCUAACGAGCUGGCGCAGGGGCGACUAGAUGAUCUGCGGAAAGCUCGCGAUGAGCUUCGUAGUGCGGACGAGCGUCUGCGUGAAGCAUGGGCUCGUGCGCGAAAUGAUGUGGAGCUCGUCAAGCUGACCCAUGAGCAGCGCAGAACCGAUCUGGCCGAUGAGUCCCUUGUUCUAGGCGAACAGGUGAAGACGCUUGAGGCCAGUGUGAAGCAUGAAGGUGAGCGAGCUGAUCGCUUUGAGGCGGAGGUGAAGGUGCUGGCGGCACAGCAGACGGAGUUGUCGAAAAAGCACAAGGCAGAGCUGGAAGCUGUGGCGGCUAAGAUGGAUCGCACGGAGACGGUGAACAGCCUCACAUCCGCUCUGGAGGAGGCAACAAAACAGAACAAGGACCUCAAGAUCAAACUCAGCGACGAGAUCGCAGAAAAGGAGAAGCUGCGUUCUGAAAUCGCUUCGAACCGUGGCGAGCUUGAGGCCAUCGAAGAGGAGUACAACAAGCAGACGGUGGAACUGAUGGCGCACCUAGAUCACUUGGCCAUGCAGUCGCAACUGUUGGAGGAGAAGCGCCGAGAGGAUGACGAGCUUCGCCGCAGCCACCUUGCGCAGGAAGGGGUCGUCUACUGCUCAUCGAACUCAGACGAAGAGAACGUCUUAUCUCCUCUAACACGAGACGAAGAAGCACAGCUGAGGGCGGGCGCGCCAUGCGGCAACGUUAGUGGAGAUCUGUUCGGUGACUCGGAUGAGCCGAUUGUGAUCACAUCGACUUCGGACGAUGAGGCGGUUUUGCCUGGUCUCGUUUAUGCAGGUUCAGGCGAGACCGCUGCAGUCUCUUCGUCUAGUUGAUGAAGCUCCGGCUGCUUCGGGCGAGGUCGUUGCGACUUCUUCAUCUCCGAUUGAGAUUCAGCCAGCGCCUGCUCCGGUUGAAGAUGAAGAUGAGAAGUGCUGGGCAUGUGCCGCGCACAGCGACAAGGGUGGUCUCUGGUGGCCCACUCCUGAUUGAUAGAGUUGUGAUCGUAUGAGAAAUUUAUUAAGCUAAGUGUACACUUGAAAUAUGUAUAAAGAGUAGUAUGAGACAACUUUGAAAAUUAAUCUGUAAAAAAGUGAGAUCUUCAAAGCCGAGCAUUCCAAAUAUUUUGUGCAACUUCUGUAAAGAUCUGAAGCUAGCUACUGCGACCCAUCAAAGAAGAUCUCGUCGCCUCUUGGCGUAAUGUUCCAGCAGGCGUAGGCCCCGAGAUCCACUUUAGUGAUCCUCGUUCAAUUGUGUGAAGAUCUGGAGCUGAGAGCUCAAGCGCAAGAAAGUAGAUCUAUGAGUGAGAGAAUAAUUAUGAGAGUGUGCUAGAAGGUCCCUGAACGCAGCCGAAGUAUAUGGAUCUGUGAGAGAGAGCGCAUGUUCUCCCCAGUGCCUGGCUUCCCCGACCUUCUACUUUUUUGACCGCGGUCAUUUUUGAAUUGAGCAAGUUGAUUUAUCUAACUUAAUUUGUGCAGGGACCAAUAAGGGCGUUUACGUUAAAAGUAGACAAUAACCUUUACAGCUUGCAUCUGAGAUCAAAGACUGGUAGUCUGGUAUAUUCUUUACAUUGCGCAACUUGUGAUCGGCAAAAGACAUCCAUACUUCACUUGCAUUCGAGUAGCUUCAGCACCUUUUCACUUUUUCUGUGAGCAUCUUCACUUCUUCAAAUUUUUUGAGACGUUCCUCUAUUCGAAGCAGGAAGCGCUCGGAGCUUCGGUGAAUAAUGGACUUCAGUGGGCGUGAGUUCUUGGCACUACGGAUUGAGCAGAAAGUUAAGGCUGUGCCAUCUGCUAACUUAUUUCGAUGAGGUCAAUGAGGCGCGUGUCUCAGUAUAGGCAUACUGAGACACCGUCUCUGAGUUGCUCUAUGGAAAAAGAGAUGAGUUAGCUUCGGUUCUAAUACAGCAGCCGAGCUGAAGCGCUGCGAACGCCAAGUUGAGCAACUGCGUGGCGACAUCGCAGAAUUGCGCAAGCAGAAAUCCAAGGCAGCUUCUCGCCAGAAAGCGGACGAAAAAGCUUCAGCGCGCAACAAGCUGACGGAUUUAAAACUGCGUGCCCAGAGCAGUCGGCAGCUUUCGCUCUGCGCAGGAAGACCUGUGGAGGUACUAGGCCACGAAGAGUCGCUGCUACUAGCUGAAGACGAGAGGAAAGCUCGAGAGCGACGCGAGAAGGCCAAGAAGCGGCAAGAGCUGCUGAAGCAGCAGAACACUUCGUCGUCGCUAGGGCGUGAGGAGGUGUCUGGGUACAUCAAUCCUCUGACAGGCGCUGGCGGCAGUCGUGACGAGCAGUUGCCUUCGAGUCUCGUCGAAUCUGCUCGCGAGGCGCUGCACGGUGAAGUGGCUCCUCCUGGGCAAGGUUUUGGGAGCAUCGAAGCUGCUGACUACGCUAGCCUUGUAGGGGACGAAGGGACUGCUGUUGAGGACGUUGAGUUGAGUGCUGACGGACGGGUGCCUGAGAAAAAAGGAAAGGGAACAAAGCCAGGCGAUGCUCGAGGAGUAAGGAAGCAGAACAAAAAGUAAAAAUGCCACCUCGUGUAUCACGUCAGCAGAGCCAGCACGUUCCCGUUGGGCCUCGUCCUGGUGCUCAACGUGGCUGGUUCAUCAAUGCUCGUGGAUAUACUCAAGCUUUGCGCAGAAGUGGCCCAGCUCCCUAUGUUGCCCGCAACCGCACUACUCGUGGGCGCGCAAUCGAAGCUGCAGAGCGUGAGACUGCAACUUGGGUCCGUGCUCGCAACCGUGCCUGCACGACUGAUGAGAUUCAGGAGCACUUCAUUCGACGUCUGGGCGCUGAAGGUGUUAGUGACUAUUUUGAUCAACGCCAAGGCAUUGGCAGCAGUGCGGCAAACAGCUGGACUCACAAGUUCUUGAACCGCUGGGACCUUCGUCUGCUGCGUACGGUUCCUCGUUUCCGCGGGCGUCGUAAUGGGCAGAACCUUCGUCGCCAAGUCUAUCAGUCUUGGGAGCAGUUCGAGCAGUUGAAGCAGCAGCGCGGAGCAGGAAAAAAGUACGUUCUGCUCAACUUCGACGAAACUGGUAUGCGUGGCAUUACGUCUCGCCCUCAGACGAUCGUUCUGCCUGGGAACAGCGUCCGCGAUGGCACUGGCCGCGUGGAGACUGAGCCCCAUUCGAUCUCGUACUCGAUUGGUGCCUGCGUUUCGUCUGAUCCUCGUUUUCAGGUGGAUCCGUGGGUGAUCAUCAACCGCUCGAACCGUUCGCAGAAGCAAGUAUUUACUUAUUUAUUGGGGGCGAGUUUUUUGGUUCCGUCGCUAUGUUCAUACCCUUGGUAUGAUCAUAGCAGGAACCUGUGGUUUCAAUGGAAAGACAAGAAAGGCCGGAUUUUACUGGUUUGGUGGUGGUAGUGGUGGAUUUGGCACGACUAAUUUUAUCCCCUUUGUAUUUACUCUCUCUCCUCCUCCUCAUCGCCUUCUUUUCCUCCUCCGAGUGACGAGCGAGACGAUGCCAGCAAGCCCAGUCAUUUAUAGUCUUCCGCCUCUUCACGUUCUUACUCUACAGCAGGACAGGACCGAAGAAAAGUCAUCUACUUGCUUAUUUCUUUUACUCAUUUGGGUAGUUUCGUAGAAUAGUGCACCGAAAUACAAUUUACAGGGGUAGAAAGCGCGAAAGUGCUUACUUUUAGGACGGACAAACGAAGAUAUCUAGAGUUUUAGCGUUAUAGUUUUACUUUGUUGCUCUGUUUCUCCUGGUGGACAAGGGCAGAAAGAGCCGAGAUAGCGAGUUACUUUCCUGCUUGAAUGUUCGACGAGUUUACUGCUUUAGUGCUUCAAAGUGUACUUUUACGGGCGUAGAAAAUGAAAAAUAUUCUACUUUUCUCUGGGGCUGACAAAUGAAAGCAUUUAACUCCUAGGCCUAGGCUAACGCUUGCUGGCAUCGCUUGCUCUCACCCUCAAGCACACAAACACACGGGAAGCCCACCGCUUCGCAAAAUUUAUUUCGGUGAGUUCUUCUCAUGGGGCUACCUGGGCGAGCUGACGCGGAGACGCUUCCCAUUAAAAAAGGGAGACUAUCUCCCCGCGCUCAAAACUAUUCCCGCACUCAAAAAUAUUCGCAAAUAUUCGCAAAUAUUUGGCAAAUAUUCCCAAACAUUCCCUAAAUACUCCCAAAUAUUCGCAAAGUAUUCGAAUAGUCUUAAACAUUCACAAAAAGAAGACGAAAGAGAAAAAGAACGCCGCAACGUCUCCGACAAAAAUCGCCGCAAGGUUUUGCCGGCUCUCCUUAUCGGUUUUGCUUCCUCACAUUCUUCCAAAAGAUUGGCCACAGACGGGAGGCCUCAUCGGUCUCCGCGUGGCGGUGCUUCGGUGAAACCUUGCGCCACACUUUGCGGCACGCUGCGGCGUUUUUUGUCACAAAUAGGAAAAAGCCCAAAGCCUACGACAACGAAAAAGCCGCGAAAGCUUUCGCAAAAAAUCUGCCAAGUUGUUGGCCGUUUUGCGAGUCCUUUAGCCGUUUCGAAUUCGCGAAAUGUCCUCCCUUAAUGGUUUCGACUUUCAUGCGGGUAUCGGUUUCGAGGGGUGUACAAGGGGGGCGGGGGGCGAGAUGGUCACGCGUUGCCCCCUCGUCCCUGGCGGCCGUAGGCCGCCAGAGGGACGGCGCGCCGCGCUGCGCUGGUGGGCGCGUGGUGUGCGCCGCAUAAUCCAGCGCGAACAGCCCAGCAAGGCAGCCCUUUGCCUCCUCGUCUCUGGCGGCCCACGACGCGCUGCGCUGGUGGGCGCGUGGUGUGCGCCGCAUAAGCCAGUGCGAACAGCCCAGCAGGGCAACCCUCUGCCCCCUCGUCGCUGGCGGCCUACGGCCGCCAGAGGGACGACGCGCCGCGCUGCGCUGGUGGGCGCGUGGUGUGCGCCGGAUAAUCCAGCGCGAACAGUCCAGCAAGGCUACCCUCUGCCCCCUCGUCCCUGGCGGCCUACCACGGCCGCCAGAGGGACGACGCGCCGCGCUGCGCUGGUGGGCGCGUGGUGUGGGCCGGAAAAUCCAGCGCGAACAGCCCAGCAAGGCUACCCUCUGCCCCCUCGUCCCUGGCGGCCGUAGCCGCCAGAGGGACGACGCGCCGCGCUGCGCUGGUGGGCGCCGCAUAAUCCAGCGCGAACAGCCCAGCAAGGCAACCCUCUGCCCCUCGUAUAUGGAUACGCUUCCCAUUAAAAAAAAAAAAGAAACGCUUAAAAGAAAGCCUUGCAUCUUAAUGGGAAGCGUCUUCAGUUCAGCUCGCUCAGAUAGCCCCAUGAGAAGAACUGACCGCGGAACCGCGUGAGCAUGUCCGGAGCCUCUUACGCAGUUCAGUUCCCGCAUGGUAUGAACUGCGUGCGCAGUGUUUCGCCUUAUUUUAAAAUAUUCACCCGAAAACUAUUCCCGCACUUAGAAAAAUGCUCGCAAAUAUUCGGCGAAUAUUCCCGAAUAUUCUCCAAAUAUUCUCAAACAUUCGCAAAGUAUUCGAAUGCCCUUAAAUAUUCACAAAAAGAAGACGAAAAAGAAAAGGACCGCCGCAACGUCUCCGACAAAAAUCGCCGCAAGGUUUUCCCGGCUCUCCUUAUCGGUUUCGCUUCCUCAUAUUCUUCCAAAAGAUUGGCCACAGACGGGAGGCCUCACCGGUCUCCACGUGGCGGCGCUUCGAUAAAACCUCGCGCCAGACUCUGCGGCACGCUGCGGCGCUUUUUGUCGCAAAUAGGAAAAAAGCCAAAGCAUAUAACAACGAAAAAGCCGCGAAAGCUCUCGCGAAAAACCUGCCAGGUUGUUGACCGUUUUGCGAGUCCCUUAGCCGUUUCGAAUUCGCGAAAUGUCCCCCCUUAAUGGUUUCGACCUUCGUGCGGGUAUCGGUUUCGGGGGGAUUGCAUUAGAAUAAAGCUGCGCCAGUGUCAUUAAGCGGACGCCGAAGCCGCCCGGCGAGCUGAUUAAAAACAACAAACCAAGGAACUCGGUCCCGAAUGUAGCAUAGAAUAAAAAACAAAAACGGCCGAGGUAAGGCAGUGGCUUAAUAUUGCCGCCCGAUCUUAUUCCUCGCGGAAUCUAGUGGGCGCGGCAUAACUACCCGGCUGCAAGUGGCACCAUAGGCCGCCGGUAAAAAAACCUGCCGAAAAGCUUUCCAGUGCGAGGCUGCCAAAGCAUCCACCGCCCGAGCCACCCCCGGCCAAGGCCUCCGCGGUGUAGUGAUCCACACACAGGGCCGAGGUGGCAAGAGAUGCUCGCUCUGUAUCCCGGGAUCGCUGCCCAGCCAAGGCGAAACCGAUAAGCAGACGCCAGAAAAGCACAGAAAUGAAGAGAAGACAGCACGCGAAGCCGAUAAAAAAGCGGGCGGCUCAAGAGCAAAACGCGGCCGCGCCUUGAAGAAGACCAGGGGAGGCAAACGGGGGGAAAAGGGGGCAGAUAAAUCGACAAGGGAACCGGGGCGACGCUGUCUCUUAACGGUUUCGCCUAAGAGUUUCGCGGGGAUCGCUGCCGGAUUUUAUUCGUCGCGGAAUCCAGUUGGCGCAUGGUAAUUACUCGGCUGCGAAUGGUACUACUGGCCGCUGAUUAAGAACCUGCCGAAAUCAUUUCCGGCACAAGACUGCCAAAGCAUCCACCGCCCAAGCCACCCCCGCCCGGGGCCUUCGCGUCGUAGUGAGCCACACGCAGGACCGAGGCGGCAAGAGAUGCCCGCUCUGUGUCCCGGGAUCGCUGUCCAGCUGCAGCAAAAAGGCAGCCAGAUGGUAGAAAAGCACAGAGACGAAGAGAAGACAAGGCGCGAAACGGAUGGCAAAAGGGACGGCGCAUGAGCAAACUGCGGCCGCGCCUUGGGCAGGAUCGGGGGAAGUAAAUGAAGAGAAGGGGGGGCGAAGAAAUCCAAAAGGGAACCGGGGAAGCGCUGCCCCGUGGCGGUUCUACAUAAAAGCUCCGCGGGGGGGACUCCGAUGGGGCGCAAGUGUCUCCCCAAACCCCGGAGAGCUUCAGACUUGCACAGGGCUCCCCGUCUCUUAUCGGCUUAUCGCGGGCCGGCUGCUAGGCAACUCCGCGCGGCGCGUCCGCUAUCAACUUAUCGCGGGCAGGCUGCUAGGCAGCUUCGCGCUGCGCGUCUGUUAUCGACCUAUCGCGGGGCGGCUUUGGGCUGCUCGUCUGUGAUCGGCUCGCCGACUUAUCGCGGGCCGGCUGUGAGGUCUGGGCAACUUUGCGGCGCGCGUCUGUUCUCGACUUAUCGCGGGCCGGCUGUUCGGCAGCUCUGCGGCGCGCGUCUGUCCUCGACUCAAGGCCGCCAAAAAAGGCGGCUUUUUAAUGGGAUAACCUUCCGAACUCGAAGAAGGCCGCACCUUUUAGGUAGUAGCGAAGACUACGCGCCAUCUAAUGGCGGAAGCGAGGUUUUGCGCAUCAGCUUCGCAACCCGAAAACAGGCGACCGCUCGACCGCGGGCAGUCAUGGCUUCGAAAAGAGGCGAACUCUUAAAGUGGUCGCGGCAGGUUCCUGACUCGGAGAGAGUCAAAGAGGGAGUCACACUCUUCAGGUAGUUGCGCAGCCUGCUCGCGAUCUAAUGGCGGGAGCCAGGUUUUUCGCAUCAGCUUCGCACGCAAGAAGAACGCGCCGCGGAAUCUAGUGCGACCCCGCGCUGGCCUCGGCUGAGCUUUCAGUAGGAAGGGGAGCCGGCGGAUUCUUAUCUAAUGGAGAUCCCACGCGGGUCGCGAGUGGGGUCCAGCGUGCCCGCGUUUUCUCUGCAUUAGUUUCCCGCAGGACGGUAUAGAGGGCGAGCCUGACCUUAACGGCGAAAGGGUCCACUUGGCAACUUUUUCCGGGCCAGAAUCUAGGGGAGGGCGCUAAGGCUGCGGGCUUAUUUCAGUGGGGACAAAAAGGAGAAGCGCUCCGCUCGGUUUCUUUGGCUCAGAAUCUAGAGGGGGGCGCAAGGGCUGUGGGCUUAUUCUGGUGGGGAUACAAAAGAAGAGCACCCUCCCCAGUUUCACUUACCCACGCACUUCCCCAACCUCUUACCCACCUACCCUCCCCCCUGAAGGGCGAUAUCGCCCUCAGAAGGACCCUAUAGGGAAACUUAUAGGGGUUUUGUUUUAUGAGCCGAAACCCCCACUAGAUUCCUGACCCGUCCGCCCCUGCAAGGGAGGCCGCGGCAUCUCAUGGGCCUCCUGAGAGUUCCGCCCUGGUUCCCCGGUCACCUUUGCAGGGCCGGAAGGAUCGGGAAUCUAGUGGGCCUUUUAGUCCAUCGAGCAAAGCCCACCUAAGUUUUCCCGCAGGACCCUCUAGCGAAUGACGUCGCCCCGACUACCCCCCCGUAGGGCCCGAGCGCGCCAAGCCGGCCAGUUUCGCGCAGUCGGUGGCUCGUGUUGCUCUGGUGCCCAAGGCCUACGGGGGGCCGCGUUGCUAAAUGGAGCGCCGUCGGCGCGCUACGUGCCGGGGCCCGGAGUGCCGCAAAUCGUGUCCGCCGGUGUGCCGUCCACUUCCCCAAGAGGGGCCGGGGCCGGAUCCGUUUUGGUCUUGAAGGCGUUGUCGGUCAUUGCGAGCAGAAGAUCGACAGAGCACACGGACCACUCGCUACACUUCGCGGCCACGCUUGCUAAAAGAACCGAUCCCCCAGCAGGUUUUUCAGCUACAUCAUUCACGCCAUAAACGAGCAAAGGAAAGAUUGUGUUGCCGUCUUCACCACCCUUAAGCCCUUACGAAGAAACACGCAUCUGACUUCCGAUCAUGCACAGUGGCAUGGUACGCAUAGCUAUGCCCAAAACAAUAAUUAGUUGCACUGAAGACCACGCAGAGACAUCAUUGAAGAGAUAUAAGAGUACGAUAUGGAGCGAACUGCCCCGCGUCCGUUGCGGCAUGAAUUUUGAUUAACGUCCUGCAAGAGUAUCCCGCAUGAUUUUCGUCCAAAAUGUUCUUUUUUCGUUUACAGCUGCUUUGAUGGCGUGUAACAAGAAUAGUCUCACGAGGAUCAUGUGCGAAGGUGGGUGAAUAACCCCGAUGAGGC